AUGGCGACUCCACUGUACGACCGCGUGACGGUCGGUGCCGGCCUCAUUGGCAGUGCGGCUGCCUACGACGCCACGAAAGAAGGCAACCACGGCACCAAUCGCACCUUCCGCGUGGCCUUCCCCAACGACACGGACACAGAGCUGUAUCUGACGUCGCUGCAGCUGUGCUGUGCCGUUCGAGUCGCGGACUGGCGCUCAAGUGAAUCAACGCUUCUCGGCUUCUCAUUGCCCGACAACAGCCACGCGGUGUACAACGCGCGGACGGGGGUGCUCAAUUCGUUGUUGUCAAUGGCCACGACGCAGACGUUGCUGGGCGCGAGUAUUCGUAAACGCAGAAGAAGGUGUGUGCCCUGCCCGACACCUCGCUACUCCACCGUCUGCAGCUGUAUCAUGGAAUCGGCUCAGUAG